AUCUAUUCAGCCAGGAUCACCGUAUUUUUCGAGAUGCGUGCAAAUAUUAACGGCUCAAAACCGAAAAGCAGCAACGAAGGGAGGUCAAGGAAACACUCAAAAUCUACCAAGGGCAGUAAACUAUGGGAGUUUAUUCGGGACGCUCUGAAGGAUCCUCUCACAUGUCCAUCAAUCGUUCGAUGGGAGGAUCCCAUAGAGGGAGUAUUCCGGAUAGUCGAAUCAGAAAAACUUGCACGACUUUGGGGUGAGCGGAAAAACAACACUAAGAUGACUUACGAGAAGCUGAGCAGAGCAAUGAGGUAUGUCCAUGACAGGGCCCUUGGCCAUUCCAUUAUUAGUCACGGUCAUUCCAAUGCACUGUCACUCUGGAGGAGUCACAUGAAAAACAAAACUGUAAUAUCUUUGAUUAUUCGACGUCUUCAAAAACUAAAUUACUCGGCGUUAAUUUCCUGCAGGUGA